GACAAGUAGUCAAGUCCUUGUGAGUUUUGUGAAACUGUUUUACACUCUGUGGAUAUAAUAGCCUGUAGUAAGUGCAUUGGAGAAGAUUAGCGACGGAUCACGGACUGAAGAAAAGACCGGAGGAAAGUUUUAAAGACUGCCAAACGGCGGUGAAUCACAUUUUCCAUGAAGAUGUGCGCUGAGUAAUGGACUGCUCGUGAAGCUGCUCUUUAGCGUUGUCGCGAGCGACGUUGUUGGACGUUAUUCGUUUGUUUCCAAACAUUGCAUAAUGCUUUCCCGAGGAUAUUGACCCAUAGCGACGUUUUAAUAGUUUAUAAAUAAGUCAACUGCAUCGGAAGACUUGUUUGUAUCGCCAUGUAGCUUUUUGAAAGCAUUAUGUGAGAUGGUCGUGGUGGGAGGAAUGUGAGUUCAGCGCUCAUGGAGCUCCAGGUGGUGUGCGGAUUGCUCUACUGCUUUCUGCUGCCCAUCUUCUUACUGGCAGCCUGCAUCUUCCGUUACAACGCUCUCUCUUUAGUCUAUCUUCUGUACCUGCUGCUGUUACCAUGGUUUCAAUGGCCAAACAAGCACACACUACAAGGACACACUGGACGAUUCAUCAAGGCUCUCUUCAGCACCAGUCUGAUAUUCCUCCUGGCACACAUCUGUUUUCAGAUUUGCCUCUAUACCAUCCCAAGUCUUGAUGAUGCACUGGGACACAACUGCAGCUCAUGGGAGACUCUAUCAAGACAUGUUGGAGUGUCCAGGCUGCCUCUGGAACAGCCCUGGAGUAUUGUGUGGCUCCUGACUCCAGAUCUUGGCAUCUUCAUCAUCUCACUGGUCACUCUGAUAGUGUGUAACCGUCUGUUGAAGAAGAGGGACGAGGGGUCCAUACCUCAAAUAUCUACCCUGCAACAUGAGGAGGAUGAAACGGAAGACGAGGAUAAAGAUGAAGAGGAGGGAAUGUUGUCGUGUAGUGAGACUGAGGAUGAGGAGGGUGGUCUUUACUCCAGCAGUGGAGCGGCACAGUUAGCUGCCCAUCUGCGUGCAACAGCACAACGCUUCCUCAGGAAUAUGGGCCGCAUCCUGGCUGUCACACUGCUGGCACUGGCUGGAAUCACGUUACCUUCUGCCUUCUCAGCCUUCUACUUCCUGCUCUUCGUCAUUGUGUGUACCUGGUGGGCCUGCCAUUUUCCCAUCAGCCAUCUGGGGUUCAAUGCUCUGUGUGUGAUGGUGGCCUUCUUCACAGGAGGACAUCUAGUGUGUCUGUAUCUGUAUCAGAGCUCUUUUGCGCAAGAUAUGUUCUCUCCAGCGGGCUUGUGGGCCAGACUCUUUGGCCUGAAGGAUAUAAUCAGACCUGGAAACUGUUCUGCUUUUGGACUCACCCUCAACAUGGAGCACGACUGGCCAGUGUACGUCAAUCCUGGCAUUCUCCUCCUCCUGUACAUCUCUGUGACUGUUGUGCUGAAAAUCAGCAGUUAUUCUCAAGACCACACUGACAAGACCCCUGAGGGUGGAGCGGUUGUGAAGGCAACAGUGGGUGAGGGGGUAGAGGAGGUGGAGCUCAAACAGUGCGAGACGAGGAGACAAAGCUCUGAAGAUGACAUUAAGCAAAGGCUUCUCACACCGGGAGAAUCAGCUGCAUGUGAAUCAAAUAUCUCUAAAGAGCCUGUGACCAAUGGUUCGAGCCAAGACAAUAUAGGUCCCAGUGGAGAGGCAGAGGGCGAUAACCCUCUUCGUCUGGUGGGGCGAAUGAUCUUGCAACAGAGUUACAUCGGUGCCCUUAUAGCUAUGAUGGUGUGGAGUAUCACGUACCACAGCUGGCUGACUUUUGUGCUGCUGCUCUGGUCGUGUUUGAUCUGGAUGCUGCGGGCACGUCAGCACUUCGCCGCUCUUUGCUCUCCCUUCAUCCUGUUAUAUGGUCUGACUCUGUGCUGCCUGCAGUAUGUGUGGGCCAUGGACCUGCAUAUGGAACUGCCCCAGCAUAUUGGCACCAUGAGUCUAGGCCAGCUGGGUCUGGACCAGGCACAUUAUCCCUGUCUGCGCUUGGGUGCCAUGCUGCUGUUCAUGUUGACAUUUUGGCUUCUGUUGAGGCAGUCAGUGAAAGACACGUUCAGCAGGAAGAAGAGAUUAACAGUCCCUCUUCAAGAAGUCACUACAGGAGAGAGUUCAGGACGAAAUGAGUCGAUAUUGAAAGUGUUGGGUGGGCUGGUGAUGAGUCUCUAUGCUAAAUACUGGAUCUACGUGUGUGGAGGAAUGUUCAUCAUGGUCAGCUUUGCAGGGAAAAUCGUUGCCUACAAGAUCGUCUACAUGCUGCUGUUUCUGCUCUGCAUGUGUCUCUAUCAGGUGUAUUACUCUCUAUGGAGAAGGUUACUGAAGGCCUUCUGGUGGACAGUGGUGGCUUACACUAUGGUGGUGCUGAUUGUGAUAUACACCUUUCAGUUUGAAGACUUCCCAGGCUAUUGGAGAAACUUCACUGGAUUUACAGAGCAGCAGCUGUCAGACAUCGGUCUGGAGACGUUUAAACUCUCUGAACUCUUCAGCAGCAUUCUCAUCCCAGGAUUCUUCCUGUUGGCAUGUAUUCUACAGCUGCACUACUUCCAUAAACCCUUCAUGAAGAUAACUGACCUGGAGCACAUCACACCCAUACACAGGAAGAGAGGUGUAGAGAAUCCACAUGUGGUUGAAUCUACAGAGGAUGGAAGAUUUGAGGAAGAAGAGCUCCCCGCAGAGCAGACUGAAGAUCCAUCGGAGGCUGACGAGUUGAUACCUAGUAAGUGGGGUCUGGUGAUGGACAGACUGAUGGUGUUGUCCAGGAAGUUCUCUGACACCCUGACUCAUGUCCAGAGCUUCAUCUGGAGAGUACUGGAGCUACACAUUGUCAAAAUCGUGGCGUUUUUCGUCGUGUGGGUGGCAUUACUGGAGCCAUCUGCAAUGAACCUGGUGCUCGUGGUGCUAUGGAGUUUUGCAAUGCCGUUCGCCCGUUUCAGGCCCAUGGCCUCGUGUCUGUCCACCAUAUGGGUCUGCGUAAUCAUCGUCUGUAAGAUGCUGUACCAGCUGAGUGUUGUCAACCCUGCAGAGUACUCCAACAACUGCACUGUGCCAAUGGUCAACGAAACGAGUCUAGAGCCGGAUGAAGUGUUGAACUCUACGCUUUACAAAGCACCUGUGGAUCCAGCCAACUGGUUUGGCGUAAGGAAAGAUGCUACUGUCCUGGGUUACAGCAAGGAUCAUCUGCUGGUCCUGUUGCUGCUGGUUUUUGAGGCGACAGUGUACCGACACCAGACUCAUCACUACAGACAACAGCAGCGUUCCCCUCCCUCAAUCCCAGCCAUAUUUCCCCAGGCCACUCGAGACACACUGGACCAGAGCCUCCUCCACUGCAUCAAAUACCUGCUCAACUACACCUUCUACAAGUUUGGCCUGGAAAUCUGUUUCCUAAUGACAGUGAAUGUUAUUGGUCAGCGCAUGAACUUCCUGGUUAUCAUUCAUGGCUGCUGGCUGGUGGCCAUCAUGGUGCAGCGGCGCAGAACUGCUAUUGCCAAGAUCUGGUCCAAAUAUUGCUUAUUUCUUGUCGUCUUCAUGAUAUACCAAUAUGUUCUGUGUGUCGGCAUCCCUCCUGCCCUGUGUAUGGAUUACCCAUGGAGAUGGAGAACCACUGUAACCAUCCACUCAGCUCUGGUUAAAUGGAUCUACUUACCUGACUUCUACACCAUCCCCAACUCAAAGAACCUUAUAGCGGAUUUCCUCCUGCUGAUGUGCGCCUCCCAGCAGUGGAUGGUGUUUGAGAAUGAGAAGGAGGAGGAAUGGAUGGUUUUGGGAGGAGAGAAUAAAGACAACCCUGACCCCAUGGAUGAAAUGCUCUUCAACCCGGCCCCCAACUUCAUCAACUGCAGGUGUUAUCUGGAUAUGGCGAAGAUCCUGGUGUUCCGCUACAUGUACUGGUUUGUGUUGACGGUGGUGUUUGUUACCGGAGCCACUCGCAUCAGUGUGUUUGGGUUGGGUUAUCUUCUCGCCUGCUUCUUCUUCCUGCUGUUCGGCACACAGCUGCUGAUCAAACCGUCACGAACACGUCUGCUUAUGUGGGACUGUCUCAUCAUUUACAACGUAGCUGUGAUCAUUUCCAAAAACAUCCUGUCUAUCUUGGCCUGUGUGUUUGUAGUGGAGAUGCAGAAGAACUUCUGCUGGGUCAUUCAGCUCUUCAGUCUGGUGUGUACAGUCAAAGGCUAUUAUGACCCAAAGUCGGUGUAUGAUAAAGAGUGUUCUCUGCCUGUGGAAGAGGCUGGCAUUAUCUGGGACAGCAUCUGCUUCUUCUUCCUCCUCCUCCAGAGGAGAGUCUUCCUCAGUUUUUACUUUCUGCACGUGUCUGCAGAUCUACUAGCAUCAGCGCGACAGGCUUCGCGGGGUUUUGAGUUAUUCCGUGCCAGCAUUAUAAAGAACAUGCAUUUCUAUCAACAAGCCGAGAAGAAAUCACUUCGGCAGCUGAAAGAAUCAAUGAAGCGCAUACUUGACAAACAGCAGAAAUAUAAAGAGGGACGUAAAACUUCUGAAAUUGAGGAGCAGCCUUCAGGCUCCCUGGAGCAGAAGAAGGAGAGACUGCUGUCCAAGUCCAAAGGUUGGCAGUAUCCCUGGAUGGAUCAUGCAACUGUGCUGCAUUCUGGGGAAUACUACAUGUUUGAGUCUGACAGCGAGAAAGAGGAAGACGAGUCUUUACAGGAAGAACAGAAACCUCGCAAACAGACUGCAUUUCAGUUGGCGUAUCAGGCCUGGGUCACAAGCGCGAAAGAAGCCCUGAAAGACCGUCAGCGGAAACAGAAAGAGCAGAGAUUGGAGAAAAAGAGACAACAAUCCACACAGGCCUCAGAUGAUGCAGAGGAGGCUGAAGCUGUUUUCGAUGCUGAAGAUUCCCCAGAAGAGGAGAUGGGAGAAGAAUCAGAGUUAGCCACUGGCAGUGAUAUAGUACAAAGAAUCCUGGACAUCCUAAAGUUCCUGUGGGUGCUUUUCCUGGCUAUGGUUGAUGGCUUCACCUUGUGGCUGAAUAUAUUCACCAAACAGUAUGUAGAUACCUCCAUGGUCCUGAGUGAGGAGCGCUACCUCUUCAUUCACAACGUCAGCCAGAGAGAGCCUCCCCUGGAUGACCAGCUGUCUCAGGACAGUGAAAACCUUACUCUAGACACCUGCCUUGAUGAAACCGACACAGACAAUGUUUGCCUCAGUCGUGACAUCAAUGUGGUUGAGUUGGAGCCACUGGCUGGUUUUGCGAAGUCUCGUGACUUCAGCAGCACUACACUGUCUUCUGAACUCACACUAGAUCUGGAAUCAGAACCGAUCUACAGCCAUCGGCCUCACCGCUCCAGAACCGCCAGUGAACUGCUCUCUGAGAGGCCGUUCUGUGUUGAGGAGUUGAUUCAGAGCCGUGAGUUCUACUCGUCUCAGAACCGCCUGCUGAAGCUGCUUUUUGCGCUGUAUAAUGUGCUAGCGGCUCACUCUGAGCUGGUCUGUUAUUUCAUUAUCGUGCUGAAUAACCUGGUGACGGCAUCCGUCAUCUCCCUGGUGCUGCCGAUACUUGUGUUUCUCUGGGCCAUGCUGUCCGUCCCGCGACCCUCGAAGAGGUUCUGGAUGACGGUCAUCGUCUACACAGAGGUCAUGGUUGUGGUCAAAUACCUGUGUCAGUUUGGCUUCUUCCCGUGGAACAAUGUGUAUGAGCUGAAGUUAAACGAGGACAAGCCCUUCUUCCCUCCACGUAUCCUCGGUCUGGAGAAAACUGAUAACUACAUCCGUUAUGACUUACUACAGCUGCUGGCUCUGUUCUUCCACCGCUCACUACUCCAGCGUUAUGGUCUUUGGGACCAAGAGGGUCCCCUGCAAGAGAAGAGCAUCGUUUUACCUGUAGACAAGAACAAGACUGACCGAGACGAGAAGGUCUUUCAACUGUCAGAUGAAGAGGACAGCCAAGCGCAGGCGAAGCCAGACACAGAAGUGCUGUCAAUCACACAAUCAACAGAAACACCCACUGAUGCUGAAAUACACACUGACCCAGAGCCCAACGUUCACACACACACUACCACAGAAAACACUGAGACCGUGAAGGAGGACAAACACAAGAAAAGCCUCUUCCUUCGAUUCCGCAAGAAUAAACCAUCAAAUAAAGACACUACACAGAAAGAGCCCAAGAAGAAGAGGAAGUCCAAGACAAAGAACCGAAAGGAAGCGAGUAAAAGACUAAUAAAUGCUAUCCAUGGAAAACUCAAAGCCCUUUUCUUAUCCAUAGUGAAGAAUGUCUAUAAGCCGACUUGUGGAUUCUUCCAGAACAUUCUUCAUGCAGAGUAUCAAGCAGCGACGGAUGUCUAUGCUCUUAUGUUCCUCACUGAUGUGGUGGAUUUCAUCAUCAUCAUCUUCGGUUUCUGGGCUUUUGGAAAACACUCCGCCGCGGCAGAUAUCGCCUCGUCUCUGUCUGAAGAUCAGGUUCCCGAGGCGUUUCUGGUCAUGCUUCUCAUUCAGUUCAGCACUAUGAUCAUCGAUCGCGCGCUCUACCUGCGGAAGAGCGUCCUGGGAAAGCUCAUCUUCCAGGUGUUACUGGUGUUUGGAAUCCACCUCUGGAUGUUCUUCAUUCUUCCUGCGGUCACUGAGAGGAUGUUCAAUCAUAACUCAGUGGCCCAGCUGUGGUAUUUUUUCAAGUGCAUCUACUUCACCUUGUCGGCAUAUCAGAUCCGCUGCGGCUACCCGACACGCAUCCUCGGGAACAUCCUCACCAAGAAAUACAACCACCUCAAUCUCUUCCUCUUCCAAGGGUUUCGCCUCGUUCCCUUUUUGGUGGAGCUUCGAGCAGUGAUGGACUGGGUUUGGACCGAUACCACACUGUCUCUGUCCAACUGGAUGUGUGUGGAGGACAUCUACGCCAAUAUUUUCAUCAUCAAAUGCAGCCGCGAGACCGAGAAGAAAUAUCCCCAGCCAAAAGGACAAAAGAAAAAGAAGAUUGUCAAAUAUGGGAUGGGCGGCCUUAUCAUUGUCUUCCUCAUUUGCAUCAUCUGGUUCCCUCUACUCUUCAUCUCAUUGGUUAAAUCUGUAGUGGGCGUGGUUAACCAUCCAAUUGAUGUCACAGUCACAGUGAAGCUUGGAGGUUAUGAGCCUUUAUUUACAAUGAGCGUACAGCAGCAGUCCAUUCAGCCGUUCACUGAGAACGACUACAAUCAUCUCACCAGCCAGUUUGGAAAGAAUGCUGUGGCCAUGCAGUUUAUUACCUUGUACAGCUUUGAAGACAUCGUCACAGCCAACAUUGAGGGCAGCUCAGGGUCAGUGUGGAGAAUAAGUCCUCCGAGCAGACAGGAACUAAUCAAAGAACUGCUCGGCCACAGUGACAUGACCUUACGUCUGGACUGGAACUUUCAAAGGGAUCUGGGCAAGGGCGGGACAGUCGAACAUGCAUUCGACAAGCACACCAUCAAUUUGGCGGCAGGGAACCCGGUUCGAGCAGAUCUGGCCUCACUGCUGGUGGGCAGUCGCAUGGAUCCUGUACUUGUGCCGCAGAUGUUUCCGAACUACAUUCGAGCACCCAGCGGUGCUGAAGCAAAGCCAGUCCACCAGCUGUAUGAUGGUGGUGAGGAGGGGUAUCAGGAUGUCACUCUGUCGCUCAUGAGACUCGGAUCUCUGAAUGAGACUGGAGCUCAGGAAUGGUGGGACAUAAGUAUCGCAAAGUGCAGGAAAUGUGACGUGUUACCCAUGAUCAUCUUCAAUGACAAAGUCAGCCCUCCAAGUCUGGGAUUCCUAGCAGGAUACGGGAUCAUGGGACUGUACGUGUCAGUGGUGCUCGUCAUUGGCAAGUUUGUGCGAGGCUUCUUCAGCGAGAUCUCUCACUCCAUCAUGUUUGAAGAGCUUCCAUGUGUGGACCGCAUCCUCAAACUCUGCAUGGACAUCUUCCUGGUGCGAGAAACCGGAGAGCUGGAGCUGGAGGAAGAGCUCUACUCCAAACUCAUCUUCCUCUACCGCUCUCCAGAAACCAUGAUCAAGUGGACGAGGGAGAAGAAUCAAGACUGAAACCAUGU